AUGUUACAGUCACUGAGAAGGUCCGCGAAUGUCGAGUACCAGAAAUUACGGAGAUUAUUUCACAUCAAGGAUUUUGCAACGCUGAUACGACCAUACGUCUUUCUCAUGUCCGUUCUCGGAUAUUUCCCGUACAGCGUCUCAUUGUCAACGCACAAGCUUGCCAAGAUGAACUUUGUCUGGUCCUUGAUACUGUUGAUCCACAUCACAUCGUUGUGUCUCAUGCUGACGUACAAGACAAUGUUUGCGACGGAGUAUUUAGAUUUCUACAUGAGAUUAUAUUGCGGCAGCGUUUACUUUUUAGGUCUCAUUUGCCUUUGGACAAGCUACCUGUCAUCUCGGACGAAACUGCACUUUCUUCGCAUGGUUUCGCAUGCAACCCGACUGCUAUCUCCCGAAACAUUCUGCAGGACUGCCAAAUGGAUGUUCACGAUAGACAUCAUCAAGAUCAGCAUUUUAAUAUCUUCCGUGUUCAUGAUAAAUUAUAAUCUAUGGUCGAUCACAUACUACAUGAGUAGCAUGUACAUAUUCUUAGUGAUACUGACAGCGAACUCGCUUUUCAUAAAUUCUCUGUACUUAGUACGUCUUUGUUUUCGUAAAAUCAACGCAUCUCUGGAGAAAUUGGGGACCAGUUUGGCUACUGACGAACCUCAUCUGCUCAGAAGGGUGUAUCAUUCGCGGAAGAAUCCUGCGCUGCUCUCGCAGCUGAAGACACUUAGAAAACAGCACCUACAACUUUGCAAAAUUGUUGAUACCUCGAAUGAGACCUUCGGUGUGGAGACCAUUGCUACCAUCCUGUUCAUUGUGAUAGAUAUCACGUUCAAUUUGUAUAUGUACUUGAUAGAAAAUACUUACGACGGUAAGAUCGUGCGCGUGUGGUCGGUGCACAUGGAGUAUCUGAUUCAGAGUUGCCAGAGUCUGAUCAUGAUGGCUGUGGUGUGCGAGAUGAUGAAGGAUCAAGCGAAGAACAUUGGUUACAACAUACAUCGGAUUCACGUGAUUACCUUCGAUGAAGAGAUCAUCACCGAGGUAAGGAAAGCAGGGGGAAGGCGGCCGGCGUUUUGUCGUUACCGAACCAAUUAA